UCCAUUCUUCCGCUCCUCUUUCUCCCGGGUCCUCAUUCCUAAAUUCCCCCUUGUGCCUGGAACCGGUCGAUCACUCGCAACCAUGGCCACCGAUACCUCCAAGUAUAAGCUUCACCACACCAUGAUUCGGGUCAAGGACCCGAAGAAAUCCCUGGAAUUCUAUCAGUUCCUGGGUCUCAACCAGCUGCAACGGCUCGAUUUCCCGGAGAACAAGUUCUCGCUGUACUUCCUGGGGUACAACGGGCCGCAGUCGCUGCAGGGCGGGGGCAGCCACUUCACCGACCGGAACGGGGUGCUGGAGCUGACGCACAACCACGGCACGGAGGAGGACCCCAACUACAGCGUGGCGAACGGUAACACGGAGCCGCACCGGGGUUUUGGCCAUAUCGCCAUCUCCGUCGACAACAUCGAGCAGGCCUGCCAGCGGCUGGAGGAGGCCGGCUACGAGUUCCAGAAGAAGCUGACCGAGGGCCGCAUGCGCCACAUCGCCUUCGUCAAGGACCCCGAUGGGUACUGGGUCGAGAUCAUCCGCCGCCACGAUGAGGACCGCGGCACCACCACCGACCCGGCCAGCUACCGCUUCAACCACACCAUGCUCCGCGUCAAGGACGCCGAGGCCAGCCUCAAGUGGUACCAGGAGGUGCUGGGCCUGACCCUGCUGCGCACCAGCGAGAACGAGGCCGCCGGCUUCAACCUCUACUUCCUCGGCUACCCCGCCGCCAACCCGGAGCUCAAGAAGGACGCCAAGAACCCCGUCGCCGAGUGGGAGGGCCUCCUCGAGCUCACCUGGAACUACGGCACCGAGAAGCAGGAGGGCCAGGUCUACCACAACGGUAACACCGAGCCCCAGGGCUUCGGUCACAUCUGUGUCUCCGUUGAUGAUUUGAAUGCCGCCUGUGACCGCUUCGAGAAGCUGAAUGUCAACUGGAAGAAGCGUCUUACUGAUGGUCGCAUGCGGAAUGUGGCUUUCGUCCUCGACCCGGAUGGAUACUGGGUUGAGGUGGUCCAGAACGAGGCACUCAAGCCUGCCGAAGUACCACUGGUGUAAAUUAGCGUUGCCGCGCCAUCCCGGCGUCGGAUCAAUGUGUGCAUUGAUUCCUUCUGACUCGAACUGUAUUCUGCGAGGAAAACGGCUAUGACAUGGGAAUAUCGUGAUAAUAAUAUCUCACCAAUGAAUAGGUGACAUAAUAAGUAGUGAACUUCCUUGGGUCCACAAUUUCAUGAGGCCCAUCAAUGACCCAAGAUAUCAGCGCCGUUCUGAUUAUCGGUGGGUAAGCAUGAGAUCAAUCAUAAUUCAGCACU